AUGGGAUUUCCAAUGAUCCAGGUUUUUAUGAUCGCCGCGCGGCAGGUUGGUUUUUUGGGGCAGGAAAAAUUUUGUUCUAAAAAUUUGAAAAUUUUUUGGAAUUUGAGUUCAAAUUUUCAAAAAUCUUUGAAAUUCUGGUUUUUGGCUUAAAAAUAUCUGAUAUCUAUUCAGAAUUAAAAUUUUAACAAAAAAUUCGAAUUUUUGUAUUUAAAAAUUGAUCUUAAAAUUUUUCCCUUCCGAAAUUGUUUAAAACUUUCAAAAAAAAUUUGAAUUUGAAUUUUUGAGCUGGAAAUCUAUAGAACACAUAGCCUUAAAAUUAUUAUUUAAAAAAAAUUUUCAGCCUGAAAAUUUUGUUCUGAAAAAACUGGAUUAAAAAUUCUGAUUUUCAGUCUUGUUUUGAAAUUCUCGAUUUUAAGGCGAUGAUGCAGAUUAGUUUCUCCCCCGAGCUAAUUGAGGAGAAAGAGGAGAAACGUGUUGCAGGUGGAGGAGAAACAAUGUAUUUUUCGAAUUUCGCCCCAUUUCUCCUCAUUUCUCCUCGGAGGAGAAACUCAUCUGCAACAUCGCCUAAAAUGAAAAAUUUUCAGAAUUUCAUACAAAACAUUGAAUUUUCAAUCAGAAAAAUUUCGCUGUUUCAAAAUUUUUAUGAGUUUUCUGGCAGUUUUGGAAUUUUUGAUUUUUUCGUAUAGCUUGAAAAUCUGAAAAACAUUCUCCAAUUUUGUCUGAAUUUCAAUCAGAAAAAUUUUGCUGUUUCAAAAUUUUGUAUCAGAAAUUUUGCUUAAAAUGUUUCCCUUCUGAAAACAUUUCUCACUUUUUAAAGUGCGAUUUUCAAAAAAAUCGAAUUUUUGAGCUGAAAAGCAGUAGAAAAAUAGCCUUAAAAUUAUUUUUAAAAGAUUUUUUCGGUCUGAAAAUUUUGUUCUGAAAUUCUGGAUUUUCAGAUGGAUAUUCUUUCAAAAGUUUUCAACAUUCCAAUUUCAAUUAGAAAAAUUUCGCUGUUUCAAAAUUUUUAUGAGUUUUCUGGCAGUUUUCGGAAUUUUUGAUUCAGUAUUGCAUGAAAAAUCUGAAAUUCUGAAAAACAUUCUCCAAUUUUGUCUGAAUUUUAAUCAGAAAAAUUACGCUGUUUCAAAAAUUUGUAUUUCAAAAUUGAUCUUAAAAUUAUUCCCUUCUGAAAUUGUUUAAAAUUUUCAAAAAAAAAUUUAAUUCGAAUUUUUGAGCUGAAAAGCUAUAGAAAAAUAGCCUUAAAAUAAUUAUUUCAAAGAUUUUUCAGUCUGAAAAUUUGGAUUACAAAUUCUAAUUUUCAGCCAGCCUUGAAACUUUGUUCUGAAAAUUUCGAUUUUCAAAUUUCAUUCAAAACAAUGCAAUUUCAAUCAGAAAAAUUUCGCUGUUUCAAAAGUUUUAUGAGUUUUCUGGCAGUUUUGGAAUUUUUGAUUUUUUCGUAUAGCUUGAAAAUCUGAAAAACAUUCUCCAAUUUUGUCUGAAUUUUAAUCAGAAAAAUUACGCUGUUUCAAAAAUUUGUAUUUCAAAAUUGAUCUUAAAAUUAUUCCCUUCUGAAAUUGUUUAAAAUUUUCAAAAAAAAAUUUAAUUCGAAUUUUUGAGCUGAAAAGCUAUAGAAAAAUAGCCUUAAAAUAAUUAUUUCAAAGAUUUUUCAGUCUGAAAAUUUGGAUUACAAAUUCUAAUUUUCAGCCAGCCUUGAAACUUUGUUCUGAAAAUUUCGAUUUUCAAAUUUCAUUCAAAACAAUGCAAUUUCAAUCAGAAAAAUUUCGCUGUUUCAAAAGUUUUAUGAGUUUUCUGGCAGUUUUGGAAUUUUUGAUUUUUUCGUAUAGCUUGAAAAUCUGAAAAACAUUCUCCAAUUUUGUCUGAAUUUCAAUCAGAAAAAUUUCGCUGUUUCAAAAGUUUUAUGAGUUUUCUGGCAGUUUUGGAAUUUUUGAUUUUUUCGUAUAGCUUGAAAAUCUGAAAAACAUUCUCCAAUUUUGUCUGAAUUUUAAUGAGAAAAAUUUCGCUGUUUCAAAAAUUUGUAUUUCAAAAUUUAUCUUAAAAUAUUUCCCUUCUGAAAUUAUUUAAAAUUUUCAAAAAAAAAUGUAAUUUGAAUUUUUGAGCUGGAAAGCUAUAGAAAAAUAUCAUUGAAAUUAUUUUUUAAAGAUUUUUUCAGUCUGAAAAUUCUGAAAUUCUCGAUUUUCAAAUUUAAAUUCUUUUUAAUUUUCAAAAUUUCAUUCAAAACAAUGCAAUUUCAAUCAGAAAAAUUUCGCUGUUUCAAAAUUUUUAUGAGUUUUCUGGCAGUUUUUGGAAUUUUUGAUUCAGAUUUGCUUCGAAAUCUGAAAAAAAUUCUCCAAUUUUGUCUGAAUUUUAAUGAGAAAAAUUUCGCUGUUUCAAAAAUUUGUAUUUCAAAAUUGAUCUUAAAAUAUUUCCCUUCUGAAAUUGUUCAAAAUUUUCAAAAAAAAAAUGUAAUUUGAGUUUUUGAGCUGGAAAGCUAUAGAAAAAUAUCGUUGAAAUUAUUUUUUAAAGAUUUUUUCAGUCUGAAAAUUCUGAAAUUCUCGAUUUUCAAAUUUAAAUUCUUUUUAAUUUUCAAAAUUUCAUUCAAAACAAUGCAAUUUCAAUCAGAAAAAUUUCGCUGUUUCAAAAUUUUUAUGAGUUUUCUGGCAGUUUUUGGAAUUUUUGAUUCAGAUUUGCUUCGAAAUCUGAAAAAAAAAUUCUCCAAUUUUGUCUGAAUUUUAAUGAGAAAAAUUUCGCUGUUUCAAAAAUUUGUAUUUCAAAAUUGAUCUUAAAAUAUUUCCCUUCUGAAAUUGUUCAAAAUUUUCAAAAAAAAAAUUUAAUUUGAAUUUUUGAGCUAGAAAGCUAUAGAAAAAUAUCGUUGAAAUUAUUUUUUAAAGAUUUUUUCAGUCUGAAAAUUCUGUUCUGAAAUUCUCGAUUUUCAAAUUUAAAUUCUUUUAAAUUUUCAAAAUUUCAUUCAAAACAAUGCAAUUUCAAUCAGAAAAAUUUCGCUGUUUCAAAAUUUUUAUGAAUUUUCUGGCAGUUUUUUGAAUUUUUGAUUUUCAAUAUUAUUCUAUGAAAAAUCUGAAAUUCGAAUUUUUGUCUGAAAAUCCAGUUUCCAGCCCCAAAAUUCAUCUGAGAAUCAUUUUUUUCCCAGGUGUCAAAACCAAUUGCCGACGCGGUGCUCAAAUAUGGAAAAGACCACCCGAUAUUCAGAAAUCGGAUUUUGAUUCCGAUUGGAAGAGGUAGGGCUUUUUGGGCUGAAAAUUGACUGAAAAUAUGAAAAUUUCAAAUUUUCUGACCUAAAAAUUCGAAAAAAUAUCAAUUUUUAGACCUAAACCCCUGAAAAAUUCGCAUUUUCCCCACUCUUUUUUCCAACGGGAAGAAAAAUAGUUUAUCUUAUUUUGGCUUGACGAAAAUUGAUUUAUAGUAAAAAAAAAUUGGGGAAUUUCCCAAGAGAUCCAUUUUCAUCUCGUGCACUUUUUUGAGCUUUGAACGCUAGAACCAGGGCUGUGAAAAAGGCCUUGUUCGGCCACAAGGCCCCAUCGAGAAAUUUGGAGAGGCCGGCCGGCCGGCCGGAGAAAAAAAAUAAAUUGAAAAAAGGCCGGCCGCCGGCCUGCAUAGUAAAUUCCUCAUUUUCACCGGUUCUGGUGUGACUUGGAUGGUGGGAUGAAUUUAUGCAAUUCUGUUGGUGUGAUAGUGUUUGUGUGAUGAUUGGAUUGGUGAAAAGACAUUGGUGUGGUAUUGGUGUGAUAUUGGUGGAUGGCUCCAAACAAAUUACACCACAAUUGGCGCCAAUUUCACCAAUCACCAAUCACGUCAAUUCCGCCAUUUCCACAUUGGUGCCUAUAACACCAUUGGUGCAAUUGGCGUCAAUGGUGAAGUUUGCACCAAUCGUGCAAUUUUCACCAUUGGCGCAAACUUCACCAAUGGCGCAGUUUUCAAAAAUGGUGCAAACUUCACCAAUGGCGCCAAUACUACACCCAGACUAUCACACCAUCCAACCAAGAUCGAAGUUUCAUUCAGAAAAAGUUACAAAUUCAAUAAAACUAAUUUCUGAAAAUUUUCAUCCUUGAGGCUUCAAGCCUGAACGGCUUCGAGCCUUUAUAUUUGAAAGGCCUAAAAGCCGCGAAGGCCUGAGGCCUCCGAUUUUUCAAGGCUGGCCGGCCGGCCGCAGAAAAUCGAGGCCCUUUUCACAGCCCUGGCUAGAACAACAAGAGAAAAUUUGAGAAGAAAUUAUUGUAUUUAUAUCCCGAAAUUUCACUGUUUCAAAAAUUUGGUAUAAUAUUUUGAACCAUAACCAUUUCAGUUAUUGCCUGGAUCUUAACUGAAUCAAAAAAAUAUGAAAUAGCAUUUUUAUUGGAAAAAUAACAAUUUCACAUAAAAAUUGAAGAAAUUUCAGAUUCUUACAUAAAUGAAUUUUUUGAGCGACUUCCAUUCAAAAAUCUAUAUUCCACGUAGCAAAAUUCUAAUGGAAAAUUGAAUUUUCGAGAUUUUUUGAUUUUAAAAAAACCUGAAAAUUCACUGUUUCAAAAGUUUUGUAUACACACCUGGCGAGAAAGUGUCCCAAAAUUUUUGUGCAGCGUGAAAAUUUUUGCAAAAAAAAUUUUGCAGCGUGAAAUUGUCAAUUUUUUGAAAAUUUUCAUCAAAAUCCGCUGAAAAUCAAUGAAAACUACACUUUUUUUGUGAGAAAAUGUGCAGUGUGACUUUUGAAAAUUUUUGUACAGUGUCCAUUUUGGACACGUCUCGUCAGGUGUGCUUGUAUAAUAUUUCGAACAAUUUUUCAAUUAUUGUUUGGAUCUUUACAAAAAAAUUAUGAAAUAGCAUUUUUAUUGAAUAAAUCACGAUUCCACAUCAAAAAAUGAAGAAAAUUCAGAUUCUCAUUAAAAAAAACGGAAUUUCUUAUUCUGAGUAAUUUUCAUUCAAAAAUCUAUAUUCCACGUGGCAAAAUUCUGCACGAAAAUUGAAUUUUCGAGAUUUUUUUUAUUUUGAAAAAUCCGGAAUAUUCACUGUUUCAAAAAUUUUGUAUAAAAUUUUGAAAAAAAUUAAUUGAUGUUUUUAUUGGAUAAAUCGGAAAUCGACAUCAAAAAUUUAAGAAAAUUCAGAAUUUUUAUUGAAAUAACGAAAUUUCUGAGUAAUUUUCAUUCAAAAAUUUAUAUUCCACGUGGCAGAGUAUUGCCGAAAAAUUGGAUUUUCAGGAUUUUUUUAUUUAAAAAUUAACCCGAAAAUUUACUGUUUCAAAAAUUUUCUAUAAUAUUUUGAAAAAAAAUAUAAAAUGAUAUUUCGAUCGCAUUUCCACUUUGAAAAUCAAAGAAAAUUCAGAUUUUCAUUAAAAAAAAACGAAAUUUCUAAGCAAUUUUCAUUCAAAAAUCUAUAUUCCACGUGGCAAGUUUCUGCCAGAACAUUGGAUUUUCGAGAUUUUUUGAUUUUGAAAAAAAUCCCGAAAAUUCACUGUUUCAAAAAUUUUGUAUAAUAUUUUGAACCAUAAGUUAUUUCAAUUAACAUAAUCAAAAAAUAUGAAUGAGAAUUUUUAUUGAAUAAAUCACGAUUCCACAUCAAAAAUUGAAGAAAAUUCAGAUUCUCAAAAAACCGAAAUUUCUGAGUAAUUUUCAUUCAAAAAUUUAUAUUCCACGUGGAAAAAUUCUGCCGGGAAAAUUGGAUUUGAUUUUGAAAAAUUCCGAAAAUUCACUGUUUCAAAGAAUUUUGAUUUUUUUGAUUUUUUUUUGCAAACAUUAGUUCAUUCUCAAUUCUUAUAGAAAAAAAAUAAUAAUCCAAAAAUUGUAGAAAAAAUGCCUAUUUGUCAACAACGCCACGUGGCAAAAUUCUGCAUUUUUUUGUUGGAAAAAAUCCCGAAAAUUUACUGUUUCAAAAGUGUUGUAUAAAAUUUUGAAAAAAAAAUUAAUUGAUGUUUUUAUUGAAAAUAUUCACAAUCCCACAUCAAAAAUCAAAGAAAAUUCAGAUUCUCAUUAAAAAAAACGAAAUUUUUCAGUAAUUUUAAUUUAAAAAUCUAUAUUCCACUUGGCAAGAUUCUGCCGGAAAAUUUUGUUUUUCGAGUUUUUUGAUUUUGAAAAAAAUCCCGAAAAUUCACUGUUUCAAAAAUUUUGGAAAUUACUCAUAAAUUUCGUUUUUUUUUUCUCGAAAAUCUAAAUUUUUUCAAUUUUUUAUAUAAAGUAUGCUCAAAAGAUCAAUCAAUCCGGUCCAAAAUUUAUAUACGCAUUUUUUGAAACAGUGAAAUUUUCGGAAUUUUUUUUUCGAUGAAAAUCCAAUUUUUUCGGUGAAUAAUAUUUUUAAAAAUUAAAAUUCUUUGAAACAGUGAAAUUUUCGGAAAGUUUUCCUAGUGAAAAAUGGAAUUUUAGUCAUAUUUUUAUUGAAGAAAUCAGAAUCCCACAUCAAAAAUUGAAGAAAAUCAUCAUCCCUCUUAAAAAUCCCUGUUUUUCAGGCCUCGUCCGAUUCACAGCCCGAAUGCGAAUGAAGCGACUAGGCUUGGGUGCUCCAAUCACACAUGCUCCAGUUUCUGAAGCGGCCGCACUCGAACAAGCAUCGGAUUUUGUUCAACAAUUAGUGCUCUUCUCAUAUUCGGUCGGCGUUUUUGCUGGUUAUUAUUUUUAUACAAAAUUGACGUCGCCUGAAACGCUGAAAUUGGAGGAAUUUGAGCAAUAUAAAGAGCAACAGGAACAGGUUGGGAUUUUGGGAAAUUUGAAAUUUUCUAUCAGAAAACAGAAAAUUUCCAAAUUCUGAUAUAAAAAACCUGAAAUUUUCUUGAAAAAUCUAGAAAAUCCCACCUUUUCCUUCGAAAUUUCGAGAAAAAAGAUGAAAAAAUAACCCCGAAAAUUUACUGUUUCAAAUUUUUUUAAUAUAAAGCUGGACCAGAAGAAUUUCAAUGUGUUAAUUGGGAAUGUGAUGAAAAAUUAAUUUCAAAAUUUUCAAGCAAAAACUUGGAUUUCUGCUGGGAAAAACAAUUUCUUUUUCAACUUUCCUGUGAAUUUUUGGGAUUCCUCGAAAUUUUUAACUGAAACUUCACAAAAUUUGAAAUUUUCUCAAGAAAUCUAGAAAAUCCCGCCUUUUCACUCGAAAUUUUGAGAAAAAAUAUGGAAAAAUUAACCCGAAAAUUUACUGUUUCAAAAUGUUUUUUAUAAAGUUGGACCAGAAGAAUUUCAUUACUUUUCUGGAAAUUUGAUGAAAUAAAAAAAAUUAAUUUUUUGCUGAAAAAAAUCUGAUUUUUUCAAGAUCUGAUUGCUGGAAAUUUUUUAGCUGUGAAUUUCCGAAAUUUAAAUUACAGCAAUUAAAUUUUCUAUUUCCCAAAAAAAAUUACUUUCUCAACUUUCCUGUGAAUUUUCAGGUUUCUCGAAAUUUUGAACUGAAAAAUUUACCAAAACAAUGUUUUUUCUUCACGAAAUUUGAAAUUUUCUCAAGAAAUCUUGAAAAUCCAACCUUUUAACUCAAAAUUUCGAGAAAAAAUAUGAAAAAAAUUUCCCGAAAAUUUACUGUUUCAAAAUAUUUUGAUAUAAAGCUGGGACUGAAGUUCGUUUAUUGGGAACUUGAUCUUCUUUGAAUUCUUAUUUUCUCGAAACUUUUUCGAAUUUUCAAAUUCCGAUUUUUGGUACCUCAAGAAAUCCACGUCAUCACAUUUUCCAUCUUAAAAAAAAUCAAUUUCCAGAUCAUCAAAGGUCUCCGAUUUCAAGUGGAAACCCUCGAACAACGUCUCUCAGCUCAACAAAAACGAAGUUUUCUGUCAACAAUUGGUGUCACCAAAGAUGACACACCAAAAUCCAGCUCCUCACCAAAUUUGGCGCCAAAUUCUUCAAAUUCAAAUCCAGAAUCCGAAAACAACUCGACGAAGAAGAGUCGAUUUGAGAGGAUCUCAUCGCUUCCGAUUGACAUGGCUGCCAGUUUGAUUCUUGAUGGUGGGUCUGCGGAUUAGGCCGGAAUCUAGGCUUUAGGCUACGCCUAAAUUAGGGCUUGGGCUUCUAGGCUUGUUAGAGUCUAAUUUAGGCUCAAGCUUGAAUCUAGGGCUGGAUCUAGAUUUUGAGCUAGGCCUAAAUUCAGGCUUAGGCCCUUAUUUAGGCUUAAGCUUAAAUUUAGGCUCAUCAAGCUUUGGCUUAGGCUUUUGAGUCUGGUCCAAAUCCCUCAGCUUAGGCCCUAAUUUAGGCUUAGACUUGGACCUAAGCUUUGAGCUAGGCCUAAACUUAGGCCUAACAUUGGGCUUGGGCUUCUAGGCUUUGAGAUCUAGGCUUAACCCUAAAUUUAGGCCUAUCAAGCUUAGGCUUAGGCUUUUGAGUCUGGUCCAAAUCCCUCAGGCUUAGGCCCUAAUUUAGGCUUAGCCUUAUUGAACCUAGGCUUCGGCCCCUUUCCAAUUUUGUGUUUAAAAAUCAGAAAGAGAUGAAAAAUGUUUUAGAGGUACUGUAGGGGGGUUUUUGCGCAAAAAUUUUGAGAAUCGCCACGUCAUAGCUCAAAAUUUUGCAAUUUUCAACCAACAAAAAUUUCACUGUUUCAAAAUUUUCAUAAAAAUUUUUUGCCAAUUUUUUUUCAAUGAUAGAAUCGUUGCCAUACGAAAAAAAUUCAUAAUUUCAAAAAUCGUUGAAUUUCCCGCCACGUGGAUUGUUUUUGCCACGUGGAUUGUAAAAACUCUACAGUACCCUCUCCCCAACAUUUUUCCACUCUUUGCUCAAAAGUUUAUGUGUUUCCCCCCAUUUUCCCCGCCAAAUUUGUGACAAGACGUGUUUUCCUUUGUUUCUGGAGUACUGUAGGAUUCUCCUACAGUACUCCCUUAUUAAUUAAUGUUGUGUCUGUGUGUUUUUGUACUAAUUUUAGUUAAUAAAAGCAUGAUUUUUUGUUUGGGCAACUUUUUACUACAGUAACCCUGGGGUACUGUAUAUAUUUCUACAGUAUUUCCGGGGGUACUGUAGAUGUCUCUACAGUACUCCUUAACUCACCUGAAAAAUGCUGCAGAUGAUGAAUAUCUGGUGGUGAGACGUGGCACAUCGGUUGGCUUCGAAAUCGCCCAAAUUUGGUCUCGACGCGGAGAAUCGCUGAAAUACCGUAUACCGGAAGUUUUGGCGCGAAAUGUGUCGAGCUAUGAGUUGGCAUUGGAACAGGCGCGAAUGAUGAUUUUUGGAUGAUCUUUUUGAGCAUAAUCAUGUAUUUUUGGGUGUGAGAGGAGAUUUUUGAGAUUUGCCACGUCAUAACUUUGAAAAUUCAGAAAAAUUUCACUGUUUCAAAAUUUUUCAGAAGGUUUUUGAGAUUCCGAAAAAAUCUCAUGAGAAUUUGCCACGUGGAUUCCAGAGUUUUCCAUGUCAUAACUCUGAAAAUUUUGAAAUUUCACUGUUUCAAAAUUUUUCGGAAGGCUUCUGAGAUUCUGAGACGAUUUCAUGAGCUUAAAAAAAUUUGAAUUUAUUUUGCCACGUGGAAUUUUGGAUCCAGAAUAUUCCAGAGUUUUCCACGUGAUAACUCUGAAAAUUCUGAAAUUUUUUAAAUUUCAAAAAAAAAUCUCACUGUUUCAAAAUUUUUCGGAAUGUUUUUCGAAUUUCUGAAAAUAUGAGCUUCAAAAAAAUCAAAUUUUAUUUUUGGAUUUUUGGCCCCAGAAUAUUUCAGAGUUUUCCACGUCAUAACUCUGAAAAUUUUGAAAUUUCAAAAAAAAAUCUCACUGUUUCAAAAUUUUUCGGAAGGUUUUUUGAAUUUCUGAAAUCAUGAGCUUAAAAAAAUUUGAAUUUAUUUUGCCACGUGGAAUUUUGGAUCCAGAAUAUUCUAGAUUUUUCCACGUGAUAACUCUGAAAGUUUUGAAAUUUCAAAAAAAUUUCACUGUUUCAAAAUUAAUUUUAAAAAAAAUUUUUUGAAGUUAAAAUUGUGGACAUUAGCCACGUCAUAACUAAAUUUCAUAAGAAUUUCAAAAUUUCAAAAGUUCAUAAUUCCACGUGGCAUUUUCGGAGACAAACUCGAAAUUCUGCCACGUCAUAACUCAAUUCUCCUCUCUCUCACACCCUUUUUUUCAAAAUUUCGACGAGUUUUCUUCAUAGAUUUGAUUUUAUUUUUGUCACUUUUCUGUCUCUAGUCUCGAGCUUAUUUCCUAUGUUUUUUGCAAUUUUUCUCGAUUUUUUGUUGUAAAAACCGCGUCUUGUCCAUUCAUUUUCCUCCUCCCCCCGAAAAAUUUUGUGGAAAUUUGCCACGUCAUAGCUCGCAAUGAAAAUGUGCAUUUUUUAGGCCGCCAAACACAAAAUGACGGAGGAAAAGGAUCGACAAGAUGA